AAUCGUGUAAAACGUGAAAGGAUCGUUUUGUGAAAUUACUUUUUAACUUGAUUUCUCCUUUCCAUUUAAUCGUAGAUCUCGAGAGCAUGAACUACGGUACAGUGAUAUUGUUCGCUAUCCAACGAUAUGGAUCCUCGACGACAAUUUUUAUCGAUCGGCAUUGUUUUCUUUUUCGCAUUACAUUGGAAGAUAUUGUUCAUCGUUGCGAGUGCCCGAAAAAGUGAAAAGAAAUGCGAGGAAUACGGCAAACUGGUUUAUGAAAUUGAACCUUCGCCCGUUCUUCGAAUCGGAGCCGGUUUCAAUGUUGUUUCUCGUUGUGCUAUCGUCGGGACACCAUUGAUCGUUGGUGGUAUUAAAGCUAAAAUGGCCGAAUUCCCGCAUAUGGCUGUAAUUGGAUUUGGUAGGAACUUAUCAGAUGUGUCAUGGUUAUGCGGAGGAAGUAUUAUUUCGGAGAGAUAUAUCUUAACCGCAGCUCACUGUUUGGAAUCACGCGACAACGGACCGGCGUUAAUGGUACGAGUGGGUACGACAAAUUUAGAGAUAAGAGAGGAUAGCUUGCAAGAGAGAAAAAUAAUACGUAGAAUAAAACAUCCGGAUUAUAAAUUGCCAGCUAAAUAUCACGAUUUGGGUUUGAUCGAAUUGGAUAAACCUUUGGAAUUAAAUCCAAAUGUUAGGCCAGCCUGUCUCGAGAUGAAUUUUCAACCACCGGGAAAGCAAGCUAUAGCAACUGGAUUUGGUAGAACGUCUUACGGUGAAAUGUCGAUGAACAAGGAUCUAAUGAAAGUCCAAUUGGAUUAUAUAAACGAAGAAUCCUGUAAGAAAAGAUAUCAAUUCGAUUUAGGUCGUCGUUACUUGCCCAAUGGAUUUAUACAAAAUUUUCUAUGCGCCGGAAUGAUGGAGGGUGGUAAGGAUACGUGUCAGGGCGACAGUGGUGGCCCACUACAAAGAGUACUUGAACAUCCUUAUUGCACUUACAGCAUCGUCGGAGUAACGAGUUUCGGAAAAUUUUGCGCAAUGAAAAAUUCACCGGCCAUAUACACACGAGUCAGUUCAUAUUUGGAUUGGAUCGAAUCGAUUGUUUGGCCAUAAUAAUGAAUGAUCAUUAUGGAUCAAAAGGAAAACGCAAUUAUUCGUUAUUAUUUUUUUUUUUUCUUUUAUUUCUUUUAUUUUUCUUUUCUUUUAUUAUUGCAAGAACUUCCUUUUAGCCUUCUUGUAUUUUUAACGUAUUUACAAAUUCGAUUCCCAUAAUAUAAGCAUGCAUACAAAUAACGUUCGAUAAAAAUAUAUGUAAGU